UGGCCCCACGUAUGGAGCCAAACCAACAAUCGCAUGAUGUGAACUACAUAGGCAGCGAGACAGAUGCUCCUCGAUUACAAGUCAAGUCAGGAGGAACCACGUCCAGGCCAGCCAGGCCAGACAAGACCAGACCCAGGAGUGCACGGUGGCUCAGUUCACAAUCAGCGGCGUAACAGCUGCACAUUUGACUUCCAUGCUCGUUAUUUUACUUAGACUCGUAAGGACAGGCAUAGACGAUAGCGCUGAAUGUAGGAUCUUCCUUCCCGUUGCAAUAGAGAUACUGUACUCAGACGAAAUCCUUGAAAAGUCGUCGCUACACUAGACGAUAAAGGCGUAGAAUCUUCCUUCCUGUUGCGAUAGAGAUACUCAGACGACAUCCUUGAACAGUCGUCGGUGCACUAGCGACCAAGAUACUUCAAGUCCAAAGCGUAGCGCCUGGAAUCGUGGAGCCCGUAGCCAUGGAUCCCGUAAGAUUAUUCUCCGAAACCUUCAGCGUCGAUUACUCCGUCGCGGCGUACCUCGUCGGCGCGCUUUCCUCCGUCCCCGUCGCGUACCUUCACCGAUUUAUUCGCUCGCCCGCGCUUCGCCACGUGUACGCCGCGGUUUCCGGCGUGCUGCUGUCUUUAAUCUCCUUCACUCCCGAUGUGCUGCUGCAUUUCGUCCUCGCGGCGGCCUUCACGCUCGUCGCCAUGCGAACGCAGCGAAGCAUUUGCGGGCUGGUUACCUUCAUCGGCACCUUCGCGCAUCUCAUCGCAUGCCACGUCAUCUUCAUGAGCGACGACGCGCGGCGAACGGGACGCGUGGACUUCACGGGCACGCUGACGAUAGUGGCGAUUAAGCUGACGUCACUCGCCAUGGACUACCAGGACGGUCUUAAAGCUCUAAAGGAGGAGGCGAAGCGCGCUAAAGACGGCGAGGCGAUUAACGGCGAGGCGAUUAACGGCGAGGCAAUUAACGGCGAGGCGAUUAACGGCGAGGCGAUUAACGGCGAGGCGAUUAACGGCGAGAGACCUACAGGCGAGAAAGCCGAGGGCGAGAAAGCUGAGGGCGCGAGAUCGGCUGCAGCAGCGCGAAAGGCGGCGGAGAAGCGGGCGAGGGUGAUUAAAGGCAUGCCGUCGGCGGGGGAGUUUUUGGGGUAUUUGUUCUGCUGCGGGCAGCACCUGCUGGGGCCGUGGUUCGACUACCAGGCAUACGACGAGUGGACCAACCGACGCGGGGUCUGGUCGCCUGCCGUCCGCGCCCCCUCCCUCAUCCCGCCCUUCCUCCGCGUGCUCCUCCAGGGCGCGCUAGCAGCGGCCGUCUUUCUCCUCAUCGCUCCCCUCCUCGACCUCACCCUAGCCACUGACCCCGUGCUCUUCUUCGCCCUGCCCUUCGCCCGCCGUGUGCUGCUGGUGUUCCACGCCACGCUGGUCACGCGCUGGCGCUGCUACAUCGUCUGGUCCAUCGCUGAAGCGGCCAUGGUGGCUGGAGGCCUUGGCUUCUCGGGUUGGGUUGCUGCGCCUAAAGCUGCUGCUGCCCCUGCUCCUGCUGCUGCUGCUGCUUCUGCUGCCACCUGUGCUGAUACGACUGCUGCUGAUGGUACAGCUGCUCCUCCUGCUGCUCCUCCCACUGCUGCUGCUGCUACUGCUGCUGCUGCUGCUUGUGAUACCUCCAAGGAAGGUGCGGCAGGGGAAGAUGCAGCAGACGAGCAUGAGGGGAAGGAGAACCAUAACCGAUCAGGAGAGGUAGCAGAAGCAGCAAAAAGUGGUGACAGGGCGAUGAUGGGAGAGGUGGUGAACAACCAAAGAGCGGGCACAGUGUUGUCUCAUGCAAAUGGUGCUGCUGUAACCGGCGAGGAGAAAAAGAGGGUAAAUACCACUCCUAACCCUGCACCUGCUGCUGCACCAGCUGCUGCACCUGCUGCCACUGUCGCUCCCUCUGCUGAUUCGGCUCCUGUCUGUCCACCUACCAUGGGACGACAGGUGGCAUUGUGGGAUAGGGCACGGAACGUUAAUAUCCUCGGCAUGGAGCUGGCGAGCACUGGUGCUGACGUGGCAAAGAACUGGAACAUCUCUUUCAGCACGUGGCUGCGAAUCUACGUGUACGAGCGGCUGGAGUCUGCGAGCAAGAAGAACGCGCUCUUCAACCUGCUCUUCACCUUCUUCAUCAGCGCCAUCUCGCAUGGUUUGAAUCCAGGAGAUCUGAUCGGCUUUGGCCAUUGGGCGCUGAUGAUUGCCGGGUCGCGGGUGAUCUACCGGUGGACCAAGCCGCUCCCAAAGGGCUCCUUGGCUCUCCGUGCAGCCUCCGUGCUCCACUUCCUCUACGUGCUCUUCUGCAUCAACUAUGCUGGCUUUGGCUUUAGUGUGAUGACAUUCCAGCACACCAUGCAGGCCUACAGGGGUCUCUGCUACUACGGCACAAUAUUGCCACUGGCAAUCAUCAUGGCAGGAAACUUUAUCCGAGCACCAAGGCCACGAGGAAGCAAGAAAAGCAUAAAGACGGAAUAGGCAAACCCUGGUUAACUAGUUUGGCUAUGGUACAUGGCCUCCUUGUUAGUGCGUAUUGUUGGUGGAUUGGUGCAUCUAUUUAUGUAAAUACGAUCUAUUAUUGUCAUUUGCAUUUUUUUUUCUCAUUAUCACAUGUUUUGUUUAUUUGUGCAGGCAUCCUUGCUCUUACCUACUA